AUGGCUGGCACCUGUGACCAGAACCAGUUUUACAUCAAGCGUGAAACUACAAUUUUCUAUGAGAACGGCACACACCUCAGCCUCAUUCUGCCAUACACUGCCAAGGACGCUGUUUUCGAGCUGCUCACUGCAGAAUCAGUCAAAUCCAGAAUUGACCUGCUUCUGUUGGAUCGUGCAAACGACUGGGUGCUUGCUGAUCUCUAUCUGGCUUGCUACUUCCCCUUAAAAGCAACAGAGUGCCACCCCAAUGGCACAAUGACCGCUGUGGCUGUGAAGGUUGAAUCGACUCGUAAUCUGAAGCCAAGUCAGCUGACGCUAAAGGACCAGUCCUGCACACCACAGUUCAGCGACGAUCGCGUUGCAUAUUUCUCCUUCAGUGUGGAUACCUGUGGAACCACCAGAACGUUCUUUGACAACUACAUGAUGUAUGAAAAUGAGAUCCGCCUGUCUUACAACAACGCCAAAGGAGCAGCCAACACAUCACCAGUUGAUCCUGAUUACAGGCAAACCAUUUCCUGCUUCUAUGUGGUCAAUGAGACUCAGACUGUUGCCUUCAGCGCUAAACCAAGAACCUAUGAGCCCGCUGCAGAGAUCGGCACCGGCCAGCUGAUGGUGCAGAUGAGGCUUUCCCAAGAUCCAUCCUACGAGCUCUUCUACCAAGCAGAGGAUUAUCCAGUGGUGAAAUAUCUGCAGCAGCCUCUGUAUUUUGAGGUGGAGCUGAUGCAUUCUACCGACCCGCACUUGGAACUCAUUGCUGAGAACUGUUGGGCAACCCUUUAUGAAGAUAGGAUAUCUCUGCCAAGCUGGGACGUCAUUGUGGACAGCUGUGAGAAUCGCAAUGACAGCUAUGCAACAAUUUUCCAUCCCGUUGUGAGUGACUCCAGAGUUUUAGUCCCGUCCCACAUCAAGCGCUUCUCUGUAAAGAUGUUCACUUUCACUAAAGAUGACAAGGUUCUGAAAGACCAGAUCUAUGUCCACUGUGAUGCAGUGAUUUGUGACACAAGCAGCCCAGAUGGUUCCUGCAGAGGCCAGUGUGUGCAUCCUCCAGGUCAGAGCUACUCAAGACCUGCAUGGUGUAAAAAAGGGAUAAGUGACCGAGUCUGA